AUGCCAUAUAUCUACGAGCAGCGAAAAUCAGAUUACUCAAUGCUCACACUCUCACCAAUGUCAUCUGGUGAAUAUUCUAUCAGCAUCAGAAUUGAAGAUAAUCAUAUUUGUGGAUCACCUUUUCCAUGUAUAAUUAUUGAUGGUAAAGUCGAAUGA